AUGGCCUCAGUGCAAUGCAUAAAACCAGAUGAGAAGACAAGCAACCAAGAACAAGAACAAAUGAUCCAUAUGCAAACAGAGAAAACCCUUUCCCAUGAGAAGGUCGUUUCUGUAAAUCAAUGCAAGGGCCAAACCAAUGGUCAAAACAGCCAAUCUCAUGUCGGCCAGGCCAAGAACCCUGCACCAGUUGCCAUGCCUUGCCAUGAAAAGAAUGAGAAGAAAAUGAAGGACAAAAAGGAGAAGGACAAGAACAAGAAGGAAAAUAAGGACAAGAACAAGAAAGAAAAGAAAGAAAAAAAGGACAAGAAGGACAAGAAGGAAAAGAAGUUUGACGACAAGAAGAAAGAAAAGAGUGGGGACAAGAAGAAGAAGAAGAAGCUUGACAGCAGCAGUGACAGUGACUAG